AUGAAGGCUGAAAUAGAUGCUUUAAAUAAAAACAAUGCUUGGGUGAUAACUGAGUUACCACAAGGCAAAAAGCCCAUUGGUAGCAAAUGGGUAUAUAAAAUCAAACACAAAUAUGAUGGCAGCAUUGAAAGGUAUAAGGCUAGAUUAGUUGCCAAUGGUUUUAAUCAAAUUGAAGAUGUGCAUAAUGUUUUCUUACAUGGGGACUUGGAGGAGGAGGUUUAUAUGAACCUAUCACUCAAAGCAUUCUCUGAUUCUAACUGCGCCACAUGUCCAAAAACUCGUAAAUCUAUCAGUGGAUAUUAUGUCUUUCUUCGUGAUUCUUUAAUAUCUUGGAAGUCCAAGAAACAAGUAACAAUUUCUAGAAGUUCUUCAGAAGUAGAGUACCGGGCCAUGGCCUAA